AAAGUAGAAUGCGAAUUUGGACUACCAAGUCAUGUAUAUAAAUAUGAUUUAUUCUCUUUUGUUAAAUGACAUUGAGUAAUGUGCCACAAAGUUAAAAUUUUAGUACUCAAUUGUACUAGUAUUCUCCUCUCUAUUUUUAUUUAUUUUUUAAAAAAUAUUAGUGAAUUAUUGAGGUAUUUAUUGAUAUAUUAAAAUAAGUAAAUUAUUAAUUUUUUUUUUCUUUUCAAAUUUAGCCAUUAAUUUUUAAAAAGGUCUUAUUGUGUUAUGUGUCGGGAGUAUUAUAUUAUUAAAUGAUUUGGAGCAUACAAAUUUUUAAGAGUGUUUUAGACGAUGGGAUGAAUAAGGAAGGAAUUGAUUUGGGUUGGAGAUGUAGUGACGGCGAAGAACUUAAAAAGGAAAGUGACAUAAAUACCGGGUGUUGAGAUUGGGGAAAAGUGAAUAAUAAUAAUAAUAAUAGGGUACCGAGAGGAAGAAGAGAGGAGAUCUGGGGAAUGAGAUGAGAUGAGAAUAGGCAAGGCAAGUAAUAGUAGCAGCAGCAGGAGCAAGUUGUUUUUUCUGUGUGUGUCCCUCUUAGCUGCCUUUCUUAUUCUAGAUCUGCUUUGGGCUUCCUCUUCCAACUGGGCACCAUUCCCUGCCUCCAAUGUUCUCUUCUUCCCUGAUCGCAUCCUUCCCCUUCCCAAGGCGACAAAGGAGGAGAAGAGUAACAAAAAAGGAGAGAGGAUUUUAUCAGCUACCUUUGCUGAUUUGGCCGCACCACUAUUGAACUGGGAGAAGAUGGCUACAUCACCUGUCCCUCGUCUUGAUGGUGCUGCUAUCCAGAUCAAUGACCUUCUUUUCGUCUUUGCUGGUUAUGGAACCAUUGAUCAUGUUCACUCGCAUGUCGAUAUCUACAAUUUCACGGCCAACUCAUGGGGAGGAACAUUUGAUAUGCCCAAAGAAAUGGCUCAUUCGCACUUGGGUAUGGUAACGGAUGGCAGAUACAUUUAUGUUGUUACUGGCCAAUACGGUCCUCAGUGCCGCGGUCCUACUGCCCGCAAUUUUGUUCUUGACACCAAAACCAAGCAAUGGCAGGACUUGCCUCCUUUACCAGUCCCAAGGUAUGCACCUGCAACACAGCUCUGGAGAGGCAGACUUCAUGUAAUGGGUGGGAGCAAAGAGAAUCGACAUACCCCAGGAUUAGAGCAUUGGAGUAUUGCUGUUAAAGAUGGAAAAGCUUUAGAAACGGAGUGGCGUACUGAGAUACCCAUUCCUCGUGGUGGACCUCACAGGGCCUGUGUUGUGUUUGAUGAUCGACUUUAUGUCCUUGGUGGUCAAGAGGGUGAUUUUAUGGCUAAACCUGGAUCACCUAUUUUCAAAUGUUCACGUAGAAACGAGGUUGUAUAUGAUGAUGUUUACAUGUUAGAUGAUAACAUGACAUGGAAAGUGUUGCCUCCCAUGCCAAAGCCAGAUUCCCAUAUAGAGUUCGCUUGGGCUAUUGUCAACAGGUCUCUUGUGAUUGUUGGAGGAACUACUGAUAAGCACCCAAAUACCAAAAAGAUGACCCUCGUUGGGGAAAUAUUCCAGUUUCAAUUCGAUACACUGACAUGGAAAGUUUUAGGCAAGCUUCCUUACCGUGUAAAAACAACUCUUGUUGGCUUCUGGAACGGAUGGCUGUACUUCACAUCAGGACAAAGAGACAAAGGACCGGAUGAUCCAUCACCAAGGAAGGUCAUUGGAGAGAUGUGGAGAACUAAACUUAAUUUGCUAUGAGCUCAUAGUUUUACUUCAAAUUCUGGCUAAUAUAGAAAAUUACAGUGUAAAUUAAUGCAGGUGCUUUCUGUUAUUCCUCUCUUUUUUCUUCGUUUUGCGUGCAAUUUAUUUUUGGUCCAGCCUCAUUUUGCACUGUUGGAACCCAACUAUCAACUAUCAAGAGGAGAGUGUGCAGUGUUACAUUCUUUUAGCUUCAGUUGUAACGUUACAUGUAGCUGAAGUAAUGCCUUGCACUUCAAUUCAUUGAUUUUCCCUAUCGAAAUUGAUAUAUUUUUAAAAUA